AGCUUCUCCCGGGUUCUCGAGUAGCAGAUGACUAACGCCUUGGCUCUUUGCGUGAACAUUUAUAUAGAGAGAGAAAAAACAACAGAAAGCCAGCAUGUGUCCCACCCACAGAACCCGAUCAGAAGUAGCGUUUAGCGUGCUCUGGCUUUCAUCGCGCUCUGCAAACAUUCACCAACUCUCUGGCGCAGGUUGUCAACGGCUCGGGCUGGCUUUUUGGAGACCUCGGCUCGGUUUUGAGACGAGACCGAUAUUUUUUGUCACAGCAGCAUCUUAGGCGGGGAGGAGGGCCAUCGGGUCUCGUGCUUUUGAGACGUCAGCUGAUGGCUGCAGGGGCCUGGAGAGGGAUCCAGCCCUCCCUUUCUCGUCCUUGCUUCUGCCAAUUGAAAUCCUGGCACGGCAAGCCCGAGGACGCCUCUCCUUUCCCUGGGACUCACGUGACGCGCGGCCUGACGCGACCCUCUCGCUUCUUCUCUCGGUCAGAUAUUUCUCUGGGAUCCAGCCACGGGAAAUCCGAUGGGCCGGGCGCUCAGCGGCCACUCCAAAUGGAUCACGUGGCUGUGCUGGGAACCGCUCCACGUAAACCCCGAGUGCCGCUACCUGGCGAGCGCCUCCAAGGACGGCAGCGUCCGCAUCUGGGACACGCUGAUGGGCAGAUGUGACAAAAUCCUCACAGGCCACACGCAGUCGGUGACGUGCGUGAAGUGGGGGGGAGAUGGCCUGCUCUACUCCUCCUCCCAGGACAGGACCAUCAAAGUCUGGAGGAGCCAGGACGGCGUCCUCUGCCGCACGUUGCAGGGCCACGCUCACUGGGUGAACACCAUGGCUCUUAGCACCGACUACGUUCUCCGCACUGGGGCCUUCGAACCCGCCGAAGCCUCCAUCAACCCACAGGACGUGAGCGGCUCCUUGGCAGAGUUGAAGGACAAGGCACAGCAGAGGUAUGACCAAGUCAGGGGCCAGGGGCCAGAAAGGCUCGUCUCGGGGUCAGAUGAUUUCACAUUGUUUCUUUGGAGGCCAGCAGAAGACAAGAAGCCGCUGGAGAGAAUGACAGGCCACCAGGCAUUGAUCAACCAAGUCCUCUUCUCGCCAGACACUCGGAUAAUAGCUAGUGCUUCCUUUGACAAGUCCAUAAAGCUCUGGGAUGGUAGGACAGGAAAGUACCUCACGUCGCUGAGAGGGCACGUCUCAGCGGUGUAUCAGAUCGCCUGGUCAGCAGACAGCCGCUUGCUGGUGAGUGGGAGCAGUGACAGCACGCUGAAGGUCUGGGAUGCUAAGACAAAGAAAUUGGCCAUCGAUCUCCCUGGCCACGCAGAUGAGGUGUUUGCAACAGACUGGAGCCCGGACGGACAGAGGGUAGCGAGUGGAGGGAAAGAUAAGUGUUUGCGGAUAUGGCGAAGGUAGGAGCAGUGACCAGAAGCCGCCGGUCCUCCGCUGGCCCAGCCUUCGGCUCCACCGGUCUGGGGAGAUCGGGAGGCGAUGGACGAUGGGCUGUGCUGAGCACGUCUCCUUGUACCCGUCGGCUGCUCUCCCGCAUGGAUUCUUUCCUUAUAUUUAUUUAAGGGAAUUUUAAUUCCAGUUCUUACCAAGAGCUGUGCUUUGCAGGAUGAUUUCCUCUGAACAUUACAGCUGGGAUAUCUCAUCUGCCUCCAUCUCAAGCUGCUUUUUAUUGAAAUUUCAGCCUUGCAGUCGCCUGCCCCCUUUUCAGGGAAAAGCAGAGGGUGGGGGCAGCUCGUGCUCUUUGCCUUAUGAAGAAUCCUGCAAGGGAGGAAGGCUUUUGUGGGAGCAGAAAGGGAUGUCCUUGUGUGACCUUCAGAGGGGGCAAGAGGAAGGGGAAAACGCAGAACAUCAUUGCAUCGCACGCUUGUGCUCGGCUGCGUGCCUGCGGCAAAGAUCUGCCGAGAAAAAGGUCUGGGGGCUUCUCAUUCCUCCAGUAAGGUUUUGCUUUCACACUCAUCCUGUUCCUUACAGGCUGUGCUGAGGGGUAUUUCGCUCAGUUCGUGGUCCUCCAUGUCCACGGGGAUGAAAGUGCCCUGCUUUGCUCAUGCAUUCAGGGCUAGGUGCAACAGGCAUGGACUUUGUACUGCCAAGCUGCACUGAGUUUUCGGGUCUCGGUGGUUCUUGGGACUGGAGAAAUGAGAGUGUCAGGGACGCUCACAGGGACGCUCCAUUUCCCCUCAGGGGAAGGAAGGAAGGAAGGAAGGGAUGGGAAGAGGGAAGGAUGGAGCAGGUAUUUUGAGCAUUGUGUCCCCCCGGCCUGGAUUUAUGUCCCAUCACAGCAAACGGCAAAACUUCCAUUGAACAGACUUGGCUGCUUCUGGAUUUCUCAAGCGCGUUUACUUGCCCAGUGGGUGAGAGGGAUCCGUGCUGUUCAUUAAAACACUGCUUUUAAUAUU